AUGGCGCCACCGCAGGGACAGACCUCUUACAAAAAGCAGCCUGGGCUGCUAGCUAUAUCGAAAGAUCGUAAAUCAGUGUCAUGGACGCCAGCUCAGCCACCAGACGCUGCACCGAGCCUGGUAAUAUCCGCGGCCAACAUCACCAACCUUCAACAAACGCCUGAAUCAAGCCCCAAGGUUAUGUUGAAGGUCUUCGUCCAAGAUCCAGGACAGUCAGAACCAGUCGCCCACGUCUUCACAUUUACCGCCAAAGGUGACCCCAGAGGUGAAGCCAACGCGAUCAAGGACGCUUUAGCGAAUGUGAUCCAGGCGCAGAAAGCCGCACAAAAUGCUACGGCAGCCUCGAGCGGGCAGUCGGCCGCUAUGACUAUUGCAAAUACAGUCUCCGGUGCUGGGCGAGGCAGCACCCUCUGGGAAGAUGAUGAGAGGCUGAAAUCUGAUGUGAGGCUCCAGCAGUCACUCAUGCAAGAAGAUCAAACCCUGCAAAGAACUUUUAUAGAAGCACUCAGUCUCAAGCCCGAAUCCAUUUCAACAACCCAAUUCACAGCUCAAUUCUGGUCGUCACGAGUCCACCUCCUCCGCGCACAUGCGAUCGCCCAGAACCAAGGACGUGGGAAGUACAAUGUCUUUUCGGAACUGCGACGCGAGGACGGCGGCACGAAACUAUCAUUGACUCAAGAUCACGUCCGAGCUAUCUUCGAGCAGUACCCAGUUAUGCGCAUGAUCUACGACGAAAUUGUGCCACACAAGUGCAAAUCGGAAGUCGAGUUCUGGUCUCGAUUCUUUCAGAGUCAACUGUAUAUGAAGCUCCGGGGACUGAAGUUCGAUCCGUCAAAGGAAUCAAAGGACAAGUAUCUCGACACCGAGGAGUACCUCAAUCAUCCCGAGUUGACAGGCCUGAGGGCGACGAGCGCGGAGAUGCAUAUCCCCAAAUUCAUCGAUCUCGAAGGCAACGAGGAGAACCAUAGCCAGCGCCAGGGCAAUCGUCCGGACAACGAACUGCGCGCCACCGCGCUGGACAAGGCCCCGAUUAUACGAAGAUUGAAUGCUCUAAGUGAAAAGCUCAUGGCCACGGUGCGGCCUAACGAUGUCGACGCCUCUGCGCCCAUUGGCAUGACGGAAAAAGCGUAUGAACAGCUCCGACUUCGCGAUCUCAGCGGGGACCCGGAGCAGGAGCGGAUCAUCUUGAAUAUCCGCGACCAAAGCCGAUUCUUCGCCGACAAGGACUCGGAGAAGACUGCCAACGGUGCAAGCUCGAAUCCGUUCCGGAAACUUGACCCUGGCAAGGCGAUUGAGGAAAUCUGCAACGAGUUGGCGACUCAUUUUCCCAGGCCCGGGGAAGGCGUCGUUCCGAUCGAAACGUUCGAAGACGAAGAUGAGUACAUGGACGAUGAUGCCUCAAGAGCAGAAAGCGGAUCGAGUCUCGCGUCAAAGCAUAUCAUGUCUCUCAUUCAAGCACAUCGAGACCAGACAAGCGACGUUGACCAGGCCAACGGGUUGAGCACGGCCAUCUAUGACCGAUUGACGCUGACCCAGGCCACGACGAUUGAGUUUCUUCGACAGUUUUGGAACGCAUUUUUGUCCGGUGAUCCUAAUCGUGCCAACGAAAUCGCCAGUCUCGUAGAGAGUCUCAACCGCGCUUUGGACAGGAUCAAUGUGAUUGCCGACGACGCGGAGAAGGAGAAGAGAGAACACGUCCGGGCGCAAGAGAUGGCUCUGGAAGAGCGGUUCAGGAGAACUGGGAGACGGCACAGAUUGGACCACACUGCGAUCAAAGGCGGUGGGGAUGUGGUCAGGCAGUUGCUCGGCCCGAUCAUCAAGAGCCUUGCGAAUGCCGUGCAGAGGUACAGACAGGCCUUUGAAGAGCAGACGAGUGGAUUGGCGAAUGGGUGA